AUGUCUUUCUCUUCCAAAUCUAGAUUAUCACGACCGUCACUAGCAGAACAGCAUCCCCUCCCGAGAGAAUGUGCCAUCAAGGUCAACCAUGAGGCCGCCCUAGCAUAUCCGUCCCCACAUUCAGAUCAGGAAUUUAUCUUAUCCAGUAACCUAGGUCUCCCACCUUCGUUCGGAUCUGCACACGUGGGCGAGACUUUCUCUUGCGCGUUAUGUGCAAACAAUGAGCUGCAACCGGGCAAGACGACAACUAAACAGGUGACGGGGAUGAAAAUCCUUGCGGAGAUGCAGACACCCUCACAGUCGAUACCGCUGGAUCUUGUGGGUGCUGAGGAUGGCUCUGAUGGUGCGAGGGAAGAAGAUGGAGGGCCGGGCAGUGCGUUGCAGCGGAUCAUCCGAUUCGAUCUGAAGGAGGAAGGCAACCACGUCCUGGCUGUGAAUGUAACCUACACGGAAACAUUGUCCACGAGCAGUGGGGCGACCAGUGGGCGUGUCCGAUCGUUUCGCAAGCUCUAUCAGUUUCUGGCGCAACCGUGCAUCAGUGUGCGCACGAAGGCAACGGAAUUGGCCGCGGUGGAGGUUCCGGAUAAGGCGCAUGGACCGUAUGGACGAAAGAGUUUGGUGAGGUACGCAUUGGAAGCACAGCUUGAGAAUGUGUCGGACGCGUCGAUUGUGUUGGAAGAAGCAAAGCUCCAGACCAAGAUGCCUUUCAAGGCGACGUCGCUCAAUUGGGAUGCGGAGAGGGAGGACAACCCCAGUGUCGAUAAUCCGGUCUUGAGUCCGAGAGAUGUUUUACAGGUGGCAUUUCUAGUCGAACAGGUGGAGGGGGAAACAAGCGGGUUGGAGGAGUUGAGGGCGAGCUUGAGACGUGAUGGAAGAGCGGUACUGGGACAAUUGGCGAUACAAUGGCGUACUGGGAUGGGUGAACGUGGUUCGUUGAGCACCGGUAACCUCCUCACCAGGAGGAGAGGGCCGUGA